GUUUAUUUACAAAAAGUAUUUAUUUUCAGGUUAUGAAGUCAACGAUUCAAGAAAAAUGUGCCGAAACUGACUUUAAUUAUACCUAAUUAUAAUUAUUUAAUCUUCUCACCCACGCAGCGGACUGUUCUUGAAUUGCUUCCGUGGUGAAUCACCUAUGUCGCUGGCAUCUAAAGUCACCCUUGGUCUUGCAGUUGCAGGAUGUAUUGGAACAUUUUUUUACGUGACAGCUACUCAAGAAUUAGACAGAAUGAGAAUGCAUGAAGGAGUAUUGCGAGAUAUAGAAAAUCAAAAAAAGAAAAGGCAACUUGCUUCAGAGCAAGAAGCUGGAAAUUCGAAAGAAGGAUUCUCUUUAGCAAAAACUUAAUCAACAUAAUUCACAAUGGAGGAAAGUACAGAUAGUAGAAUGACUGAAAUUGAGAAUCUUUCUCAGAAAUUUGGUGCUUAUUGUUUAGAAGAUGAUACCCCACUGAUUCUAUCCAGCAAAUCCGAAAUUGCAGUUGAUGCAAAAUUAAACUGCAGUCUAUUUGACUUUCAAAGGAGAGGAAUCCAGCAGAUGUUUCAAUCUUUCACAAAUGGCUCAGGUGCAAUAAUUAAUGAUGUCCCAGGCUCAGGGAAAAAGGUUCAGGUUGUCGCCUUCAUCUCAGCUCUGAUUUCAUCCCAACGGCGAACUGAGUCAGGUGAAUUCUUCUCAGCCAGAGUUUAUCCUGCUCUAAUUAUUUGUCCUAGAGCUAAAAUUCAUGUAUGGGAAAGUCGCAUUAAACAGUGGAGCUCUCUGAAGCACUCAGUUUGCUCGGACUUAGAUAUAAGCAAGGCAGCAGAUUCUACAGAUGUAGUUUUGUUUCCAUUUGAUCUCCUUGCCAAGUCUGUUGUCAAUGUGGCUAAACGCAAGUGGACAGUUUUGUUUGUAGAUAAUAUAGAAGUUAUCACACUGAAACAGAAGUAUGAACUUCUACUGCAUCACUUGCCACGAGACCCUCGAUUUGGAAUAUCCUCCAAAAUUUUGGAUGAUAGUGAAACUUUGGCAACCAUUGUUGGUUGGGCCUCUCCUUCUUACUAUGAGCAAUUCAAGAGAGACAGAUCAAACAUCCUCUCUCUCAUCAAACAAUUUGAUAGUAAGUCGGGACCAAAAGCGGACCAAAUUCGAGGUCUUCAUCUGAAAGCAAAUCUUUUAAGCUUACGAAAUGAAGUCUUCAUUAGAAGAGACGGGAGAAUUCCUGAAGCCUUGCUGGAUAUACCAAGGGAUGCAGAAGAAGUAGAUUUUGAUCUCCACCCAAGCACAUCUCAAGCCAAGAGAGCUCCUCCAAAAGCUAAUAAGAGAAGAUCGAAUGAAAAAGUCAAACCAAAAGUGAAAUCUCCUCGACUCAGUUCAAGAGACAGAGCUCCAACUCAUGAUAUUUCAGAUGAUGAUGGUGACAUCGAGGAUAAUGAUGGUGGUGGAGACCAUUCAGCCAGAACUAGACAAGGUUCAGCAACAAAUGAGGAAGAAGAAGUUUUUCGUAGACUUCCAAGAAGAACAAGGACAAGGAGCAAUGAUUUAGAAGCUCUGUCAAAUGUUGAGGCAAAGCCAACUACCUCUUCAGAAUCCAGUCACAGAUCAAUGGAUAGAUCUCCUGAGCCACAGCCUUCCUGUUCAAGAUCAUCAAAAACAGAAGAGCUAAAGUCUGAUCUUGGGCCGUCAAAUACAUCUGACAUCAAUCACAAUUCAGACUAUGAUAAACUUGAUGCCUUAUUCUUCUCUUCAACUAAAGUUUUGAAGUCGCCUAAAAAAUCCAGAAAAAGAGCUCCUCCAUCACAACAAGAACAAACCAACACAGAGUUUUCUGACACUAGAGAAAGCUCAGAUGUUGCUGACACCCAGGCGAGUAUGGGUGUUUUCGGAGACUUCCGAACUCAACAAUUGGAACUGUUAAAUUCGGUAUUCCUCAAGACUCCUCCAGUAUCAAAACCUCCACCAUCAAAAUUUAAAAGUUUCACUCAGGCAUCACAAAAGACAAAAACUGUUCGUGAGCGUAUUGAUGGAAAAUUAUCUGACACAGAUAAAGAAGCUACAAUUAGUCAGGAUUUGGACUCAUUCUUUGAAAGUCAAACCAAGAAACCACCUCCUCGGAAACCAGGAGACUCCAAGAUCUUUUGUUCUCAGCGACCGGAAGAUUUGUUGGACGAUAUUCUUUUCUCCCAGACUGUUGCGCGGAAAGGUCCUCCAAAGAAAAAGUUCUUCACUCAGUCGGCUGCACUUUCCGAUGCUGGGUCAUCUUCAAGGCAACCAAUGCAACCAAUCAAGAACCAAGCUGUAAAAUCGGAUCAGAAUUCUCCGCUUUUUGAUUGAUUUAUAAAUAAAUCUAUCAAUCAAUUGGGUAUCUAGUCAGACUUUUAAGGGGAAAAUUUACACCAUCAUCUUUUCCAACAAUUUUUACCAACUCUUUUAAUUUUAAUGUAUGUGCUAGAUUGCAUGAGUUUUUACAUAUCUAAUGGUUUUAUGGGAGGUUUACAGGCAAUUUAUUGAUACCUUUUUUUUCACUCUAAUUUUAUAAGGUUUUAAGGUUUAGAACUAGAUGUUCUGUGCUUGAGUUUUAUUAAAUAUAUCCGCAGGAUUUGAAGAAUGUACGUCAUUAAAUCAGGAGUCUUAGUAGUUUGUGUGCGCUAUUUUAACCAGAGGAAACUGAUUUACCAAAUUUGAUAAUCUACUCCUAAUUUGUAUAACUUUGUUAUUUAGUCAUUAAUCAAUACUUACCGAAUUUUUUAUUCAAAGGCUUUGGCUCAUGUGCUCUUAUUACCAAUUUUCCAAUUCCAGAAUUCUGUAGGCAUGAUGAAAACAAAAAAAUACAAGUUCAUUUAUUUUGAGUGCCUUGCUUGCACUAAUUGUAUCUCGUAUUGACUGGUAACGUACUAAAUUUAUUUUAUCUCUAACAAAGAUUUUUCUCAUCUCUUAUCAUUUUGGCACUCUAUUUGAAAUAAAAAACUCAAUUCUUAUUCUUUUCGAAGACUGGUCCCGUA